AAGCUUAUCCAACAAACCUUGUGGGGGAGAGACGUAGGGGAAGCGGACUUUGCAGGCUGCAUUCGAAGCCAGUAUUGUGUUGCCUUCCCAUGUGUGAAAGGUGCAGAUAUAAGCAUGGCUACAGCGUAGUGGUACGAUUAUUCGUGAAGUAUGCCAAUCACCUUGCAGGAAACUACCUCGUGUUGCUGUGAACGAGGGGCUGCAUUGCGUAAGCCUUCCGAUCAAGUAUUUCAGCAGGUGGUUAUACAAGUUUUCGCUUAUAUUUUUUCGGGUCUGACUUAGUUAUUACAUAUUAUAAGUCCCGCCAUAUAAAUAAAUCCAAGUGGCGCCAAAUAGGAAUCAAUCUUAAAAGAUGAUGAAACUAUCGUAGAAGUGCAUCAGACUGCGGGAAUAACAGCAGUAGGCGACAAUGUCUGUCAAGAAAAACAGCAGGAUCUUAGCUGCAGAAAAAGAGAGACUUCAAACGAAUAAUGACAUCAAGCUGAAGAAAGAACUCGGACUUUUGGACGGUGUCGCCAUUAUUGUUGGUAUCAUUAUCGGGGCUGGUAUAUUUGUGUCUCCAAAAGGAGUUUUGAAGAGCUCGGGUUCAGUAGGACUUGGUCUUAUCGUGUGGAUUCUCUCAGGACUUCUGUCUAUGAUAGGAGCACUGUGUUACGCAGAACUGGGUACUAUGAUCCCCAAGUCCGGGGGUGAUUACGCGUACAUCAGCGAGGCCUUCGGACCGCUGCCCGCGUUCUUGUACCUGUGGGUGGCCUUGCUAGUUCUUGUGCCCACUGGUAACGCCAUCACGGCACUCACAUUCGCCCAGUACAUUCUGCAGCCCGCAUGGCCCACUUGCGAGCCCCCUUACGAAGCCGUGCGCCUUCUAGCAGCCGUAAUCACCUGUUUGUUAACAGUAAUUAAUUGUUACAAUGUGAAAUGGGCCACCCGUGUCCAGGACAUAUUCACAGGAACAAAGAUACUGGCACUGCUAAUUAUUGUGUUUGCUGGAAUGUGGGUCCUGGCCUCUGGAAAAACAGAAAAUUUUCAAAAUCCAAUGAGUAACACUAACCCUGAGCCAGGUUUCAUAGCACUGGCUUUCUACUCUGGCCUCUUCUCUUAUUCUGGCUGGAACUACUUAAACUUUGUAACAGAGGAGUUGAAAGAACCAUACAAGAAUCUGCCAAGAGCUAUUUGGAUCUCUAUGCCUUUGGUAACAAUAAUCUAUGUUCUAACUAACAUUGCAUACUUUGUUGUGCUUACAAGGGAUGAGCUGUUGGCUUCAAAUGCUGUUGCUGUUACAUUUGGAGACAAACUGCUUGGGGUAAUGUCCUGGAUUAUGCCAUUCUUCGUCGCUUGUUCAACGUUUGGCGCUCUCAAUGGAGCUAUAUUUGCAUCGUCACGGCUGUUCUUUGUUGGAGCUCGUCAAGGACAUUUGCCAAGAGCAAUUGCACUCAUCAACAUUGAUAGGUUCACACCUGUCCCUUCAUUAGUUUUCCUGUGCUUCAUAACAUUGGUACUGCUGAUCAUCAAGGAUGUCUACGUGCUCAUCAACUACCUCAGCUUUGUGGAGGCUUUGUUCACUACCCUGUCAGUAGCAGGACUGCUCUGGCUCAGGUACAAAAGGCCUGACGCUGAACGGCCAAUCAAGGUAAAUAUUAUUUUUCCCAUCAUCUUCUUCAUCAUCUGCUUGUUCCUGGUUACACUUCCAUUUUAUGUCAGUCCCUGGGAAGUAGGCAUUGGACUGGUGCUCAUCGUAUCUGGCGUUCCUGUGUAUCUCAUCUUUAUCUACUGGAAAAACAAGCCGUUUUGGCUAAUCAGGACCUCAGAUGCCUUCAACCAAGUGUGUGCUAAAAUGUUCUUGUGCGUCUUGGAGGAUGGGAAGAGAGAUUAGCGAAGUUGUGUAAGUAGAGUGAAGCAGAGUGAAGUGCUGUGUAACAGCAAAAGUAUCGCAGAACCUUCCUCGUGCUUAUGAUCAUGUCGAGGCAGCAACAUAUGAACUUCCUUAAAAAAAAUUGUGUAUAAGAAAUAUUAUAUGUGCAAGUACGAUGUAUGUUCUGUAAAACAGCUGUGACUGUGAAUGGUUUACAUUCAUCCUCAUCAUAUGUUAGUGGAAAAAUUAAAUAAGUUUUUAACACAGUCAUGACAGCGUAAGCAAAACUGUUAGCGUUGUCAACCUUAUAAUUUCCUGUCGCAAAUUAAAUUUUCCAAUUUUGUGAA